GCGGGCCCUCGCGGACGGCCGCGGGAAGGGGCCCGUGGGCAGGGCCCGCGUGGGGCCUCGGUCUGUCUCGAGCAGACGGGGUGCCGGGCCAGCGAGCACCCGGGCUGGACUGUGCGCCCGCCGGAUGCUCCCAGGUGGUCAGUGCGUUCCGGGAGCCUCACGGACUCGGCAUGCCCCACUCGAGGGCCAGAGGUCGUGAUGCUGGGCGGCGCGGUGCUCAGUGCCUUCCGACUGCCGGCCAGACGCCGGGGGAGGGGACCCUGGAGGCUCUGGGGGCUUUGCAGGCGGGGAAGUGGUGGGAGCCGCUGUCACCUGGUUGGGGGGGGCGGCUUCCGCUGUCAGCCUCGGGCUAGGCCCCAGGGGGUGACGGCCAAGCGGCCCUCGGGCGAGGGCUGGCUCCUCACUUCUGGAUCUGAACCGUCCCUGGGCCAGGGCCAGCGUUGGCCCCAGGCUGGGGCCAAAGGAAACUUUUCCAGCCAGGUGCCUGUUCCUGGGACGUGCCGCGGCCUGGACUGCUUGGGACUGUCUGGGUGCUGCCAGCAGAGCCGCUGGGCGGGCGGGGAGAGGGGUCGCAGGGGCGAGAUGCCGGCAGGAAGAGGCUCCCUGGGCCUGGAGGAGCAUCUUGUGUUCCUCUAGGCUCACCCCCUCCUGGGGAGCAGUGACUCCGAGCCUGGCUCAGGGUGAUAGGGGGGAAGAGGGAGGACCUGAGUCUGUGACACUUGUUAGUUCCAGGGAAUCUGAUGUAGCCUGAGACCAGAUAAGCUCUUGAGAAGAACACUCCCUGCAGACACAGAACGGUGGCAGCAGCCGUCUGGCUCUGCCCCGUGCACAGACCGCGUAGUGGGCAUGGGUGCCCCUCACGGGGCUGGGGCGGCAGUGGUCUUCCUCUCUUCGGAGCGUGGUCCUCAGGGGACAGGAGGGGAGCCAGGGCCCAUGGGGUGGCCCUGGAGCUGCCUCUGGACAUCACAGGGGAAUCGCUCCCGUCACACCCUGCCUUCUCUGCGAUGUUCCUCAAGCAUGUGCCCUCCCCCUUCCCGCCUCCCCAGCAGUCCCUGCGCGGCCCGAGGGGGCCAGAGCUGGCUCUGGUCAGUGUCCGGGUGUCUGUGCAGAUGCCUUCAAACCGAGGCUCUCCCCGCCCGACCAUGGCUCCGGCUUCGCCUUCCGCAUCACCGUGGCUGCACGAUGUGGUCUGGUCGGCCUACCUUGCCGUGGCUUCUUGUGUGUCUGUCCCUCCGGAAGGUCAGUCCGGUGAGGACGGGGACCUCGGCCUACCUUUGCACUGGACAUGCUGGUGGACAACAGCAGCGGCAGCAGCAACGCGGAGUCCUUGGACAGGCUUCUCCCACCUGUGGGCGCCGGGCGCUCGCCCCGGAAGCGCACCACCAGCCAGUGCAAGUCUGAGCCGCCCCUGCUGCGCACCAGCAAGCGCACCAUCUACACAGCAGGGCGGCCGCCCUGGUACAACGAGCACGGCACCCAGUCCAAGGAGGCCUUCGCCAUCGGCCUGGGGGGAGGCAGUGCUUCUGGGAAGACCACUGUGGCCAGAAUGAUCAUCGAGGCCCUGGACGUGCCCUGGGUGGUCUUGCUGUCCAUGGAUUCCUUCUACAAGGUGCUCACCAGGCAGCAGCAGGAGCAGGCCGCCCACAACAACUUCAACUUCGACCACCCAGAUGCCUUUGAUUUUGACCUCAUCAUCUCCACCCUCAAGAAGCUGAAGCAAGGCAAGAGUGUCAAGGUGCCCAUCUACGACUUCACCACCCACAGCCGGAAGAAGGACUGGAAGACGCUCUACGGUGCAAACGUCAUCAUUUUCGAGGGCAUCAUGGCCUUUGCUGACAAGACACUGCUGGAGCUCCUGGACAUGAAAAUCUUCGUGGACACGGACUCUGACAUCCGCCUCGUGCGGCGGCUGCGCCGUGACAUUAGCGAGCGGGGCCGGGACAUCGAGGGUGUCAUCAAGCAGUACAACAAGUUUGUGAAGCCCGCCUUCGAUCAGUACAUCCAGCCCACCAUGCGCGUGGCGGACAUCGUGGUGCCCCGGGGGAGUGGGAACACGGUGGCCAUCGAUCUGAUCGUGCAGCACGUGCACAGCCAGCUAGAAGAGCGUGAGCUCAGUGUCAGUGGUCGGCGGAGCUGGGAAGCACCAGACGGAGCCUCCAGCUCGAGCUGCAUUGGAAAUGCCUCCAGGCCCGGGCGCCGGCCUCCAGCUUCCUGCCCACGCAUGAGUCUCCGCUUGCCUCUCACCCGGCCCGGGGCACCUGCGGGUCUGGCCAAGUCAUGUCCUCUGGGAGCCUUGUUUCAGAGAAAUAAAAGUUUCCAGGAAGCGUGGCUGUGGGCCGCGCUGGCCUCAGCGCACCAGUGCCACCCCCUGCCCCGGACGCUGAGCGUCCUCAAGAGCACGCCGCAGGUGCGGGGCAUGCACACCAUCAUCAGGGACCGGGAGACCAGCCGCGACGAGUUCAUCUUCUACUCCAAGAGGCUGAUGCGGCUGCUCAUCGAGCACGCGCUCUCCUUCCUGCCCUUCCAGGACUGCGUCGUGCAGACCCCGCAGGGCCAGGACUACUCGGGCAAGUGCUACGCGGGGAAGCAGAUCACAGGCGUGUCCAUCCUGCGGGCCGGUGAGACCAUGGAGCCUGCGCUGCGGGCCGUGUGCAAGGACGUGCGCAUCGGCACGAUCCUCAUCCAGACCAACCAGCUCACCGGGGAGCCCGAGCUCCACUACCUGCGGCUCCCCAAAGACAUCAGUGACGACCACGUGAUCCUGAUGGACUGCACAGUGUCCACCGGCGCGGCGGCCAUGAUGGCGGUGCGGGUGCUGCUGGACCACGACGUGCCCGAGGACAAGAUCUUCCUGCUGUCGCUGCUCAUGGCGGAGAUGGGCGUCCACUCGGUGGCCUAUGCCUUCCCGCGCGUGAGAAUCAUCACCACAGCGGUGGACAAGCGCGUCAACGAUCUCUUCCGCAUCAUCCCCGGCAUAGGGAACUUCGGCGACCGCUACUUCGGGACUGACGCCGUCCCCGAUGGCAGCGAUGAGGAGGAAGGGGGCUCCGCGGGGUAGCCGCCCUCCCCGCCCCCAACCCCUCCUGCUUCCCCGGGGCUUACAGGGUAGAGGUGUUAACUUAUUUUAAUUAAAAAACGUGUUACCGGUGU